AUGGCAUUACCAUUAUAUGAACCCUAUUCUUUUUUCAACUUUUCAGAUGACUCAAAUGAAUCUAAGCUUAUAAUUUCUCAAAGCCCGGACAAUAUAUCAUUGACGACAAUACCAUCUGAUUCUAUUUCUAUUAUCAGCUCCAAUUCA